GUGGAUUUGUCCCCAAAGAACCACCCCUAUCGGUAGAAGGCUACGACAGCAGCUUUCACGUAGCAACCACACACGCUGAUUCUGAUAAAGUCACUUCAACAAAGCCCCUAACCGAAAUCCCAAACGUGUUAAAUUACAGUUGCCAAGUAGAAAGCACUUUAUUUGAACAUGGACAGACUGUCCCCGGAAAGGACGCCUGCACGAUUUGUACAUGCUUGUAUGGCAAAGUGGCAUGCCACGAGCCGGAAUGUCCUCCACCCGAAAUAUAUUGUCGAGAACCUUCCGUAAAGGAAAUUUUGUCAUGCUGUCCGUCACAUUUUUGUGGUGACGAUCUAUCGGAUGGCCCUGUGGAUCGAGCGGAUGCAUUUGACGAAACGUUGGGAAAUUAUUCUGCAACCAAAUCGUCUAACGGUGGUAAACUCGGCGACCGCGAAGAAAUGCCGUUUUUAAAUUUAAACUUCAGUCACAGUUCGUUACCGCGGCCGUCAAAACCCUCGUCCGAAUACAAAAGCUCGUUACCAACGCGCCGCGUUCAGACGCUUAACAAUAAUAACAUUAAUGGAAAGCCCGACCGGAAACACCUGAGCAACGAAAUUAACGAAACAACGAAAGAUACAAAUCAAAAUACGAGCAGCGAUAGCCAAUUUGGACCGGCCAAGAUUUAUGGUAACAAUAACAAAAGCAUGUUGACGACGUCCACGACUGCGAUGACGUUGACGAGUCAUGGGCAAAAUGAUGAGGUCGCUGUUUCCAUCGCGGGUGGCGAAGACAAAGGAAACAACAUCGACGGGACCGUGGGAGUGCUCAAACUUGCCGGAUGCAACAUCUACGGCAGAAUGUAUCGGGUCGGGAAAAUUAUUUUCGAACUAUCCGGACNACUUAGUGUUGCUACAACGAUUCUUAAAUCUGUCUUGACGAUAGAAACGGAAAACCUGUCUCCGCAACUGACUAAAGCCGAUAAUGAUUGA